AUGGAGUAUUACACCAUAACGCUAUUAUUCAUCAUCUUCACAAUAUCAAUAUUCGGUACAAAAAUUUUGAGCAAGUCCAAACUUCCUCCAGGACCAACACCAUGGCCUAUCAUAGGCAACAUAUUUAAGCUCGGCGACAAGCCUCAUCGUUCUGUCGCCGAGCUCGCAAAAAUCUAUGGUCCUAUAAUGUCUCUUAAGUUAGGAAGCAUCACUACGAUAGUGAUAUCAUCACCAGAAGUAGCCCGAGAAAUGUUCCUUAAACAUGACUUGGACUUUUCAGGUAGAGCUAAUACAGAUGCUCUAAGAGCAGCUAACCAUGACCAACUAUCGAUGGUUUUUCUUCCUGUUGGGCCUAAAUGGCGAAACCUUAGGAAGAUUGCAACCGUCCAAUUAUUCACCGGAAAACGGCUCGAUGCUAGCCAGAUUAUACGGCAGAAGAAGGUUGAUGAGUUAAUUGAGUAUGCACGACACUGUAGUGAACGUGGCUUACCAUUAAAUAUUGGUAAGGCCGCGUUUACUACCACGUUAAAUUUAUUGUCGAGCACAUUUUUUUCAAUGGAUUUGGCUAGCCAUGUUUCUUCAGAUUCACAAGAGUUUAAGGAUCUUGUUUGGCAAAUGAUGGUAGAAGGAGCGAGGCCUAAUGUUUCAGAUUUUUUCCCGAUAGUCAAGGAGUUUGAUUUGCAAGGAGUGUUGAGAAGGGCUACGUAUUGCGCUAACAAGAUGUUAGGAAUAUUUGAGGAAAUUAUUGAAGGAAGGUUGAGAAAUCCAAAGGAUACCAAAGAUGAUGUCUUAGAUACUCUACUCAAGCUUGUUGAAGAUAAAGAAUUGAGCCUUGAUGAAGUCAAACAUUUGCUCUUCGAUUUAUUUGCUGCAGGAACUGAUACAACCGCUAGCACGUUGGAAUGGGCAAUGACAGAAUUAUUACGUAACCCAGACAAGAUGGCAAAAGCUCAAAACGAACUAGAUGAAGUUUUUGGCAAAGGGGUAAUCAUUCAAGAAACAAAUAUCUCAAAGCUAACUUAUAUUCAAGCAAUCGUAAAGGAAACUUAUAGAUUGCAUCCAGCUGCUCCAUUUUUAAUACCCUACAAGGCUGAAAAGAAUGUGGAAUUAUGCGACUACUUCGUGCCCAAAAAUACACAAUUAUGGGUAAAUGUAUGGUCAAUUGGUCGCGAUCCACGUGUAUGGCCAAAUCCGCUUAUGUUUUCACCUGAAAGGUUUAUUGGGAGAGAUACCGAUGUAAAAGGUCGCGAUUUUGAGCUUAUACCUUUUGGAGCAGGGAGAAGGAUAUGUCCGGGCAUACCGUUGGCGUAUAGGAUGUUGCAUCUAAUGUUGGCUACUCUUCUUCAUUCUUUCAAUUGGAAAUAUCAUGAUGGAGAAAAUUCAAAAGAUAUAGAUGUAGAAGAAAAGUUUGGUAUUACACUGCAAAAAGCUCAACCACUUCAAGCAAUUCCUCUUGCCAGGAUUUGUUUGUUGCAGGUACAGAUACAACCUCUAAUUCAUUGGAAUGGGCUAUGGCACUAUUAAUACGACAUCCAGAAAAAAUCGCAAAGGCUCAAUCUGAAAUGGACGAAGUACUAGGCAAAGAUGGAAAAAUGCAAGAAUCAGAUAUCGCAAAAUUACCAUACGUACAAUCAAUAUUGAAAGAAGUAAUGAGACUUUACCCACCAGCUC